GACAUACCCAGACUCAUCCAAUCCUAAAGUCAACAAGCAUGCUGCUUAUUAACUCUAGAAUUAUUCCCCUCCCUUCCCCACCGCCCACUCUCCUUCAUCUCCACAAAACUACUCCCUGCUCAACAAAGCUCCUUGCCAAUAAAUUUAUUCCCUGCAUAAGAAGGAAAAGAAAAUGGAUGCCCCACACCUUGAUGAUCAAGGUCUCUUCAUCUUCCUCGGCGGUGGAAAAUCAUCCGCCAGCUACCGUUUCGCCGGGAUCGCAGGGUGCAGUGGAAGUUAUUAGGAGUUUCUACGCAGGAAUUAAUAGCCAUGAUCUCGCGUCCGUAGAGCUCUUCAUUGCCGAGAAAUGUGUGUAUGAGGAUCUUAUGUUUCCUCGUCCCUUCGUCGGUCGCAAGGCAUUCCUAGAAGCCUACAAAAGUUUCGUUGAUUCCAUGAGCAUGGACCUCCAACUUGUUAUUGAUGAUAUCGCGUCUAAUGAGGAGUCAUCUACUGUUGGAGUUGCAUGGCAUUUUGAAUGGAAGGGAAAGGUUUUUCCUUACAGCAAAGGUUGCAGUUUUUAUCGACUACAAAUGGUAGAUGGCAUAAGACAAAUAAUUUAUGGACGAGAUGUUGCUGAACCUUCAAUCAAGCUUGGGGAGGCAGGUUUGGCAGCUAUGAAGGGUGUAAUGUGGCUGUUGCAACAGUUUCCUCAGUUGGAAGACCAGCUAUGAAGGAAGCUAUGUUAUAUAUGGAGUGUGGACAUUCAAUCAACAGCAUCUCAACUGUCCUUUGGGUUAAUUUUGUUGCGUUUGUUUCCUAGAGUUUGUAUUUGUUGAGAUAUAUCUAUACUUUAAAUAAUUUUUUUUGCAUAAAAAUCGUUUUAUGCAAUCGAUACUCAUGGAUUUGACCCACACAGCUUCAUGCUUCAGCUAUUCGAUAAGGCAUGUGAUGUUCAUGUGCAAUCUGAACUACAAUUGUUGUUAGAUUUUCUCAAUACAGAAUUAUGAACUUACAUUAUUUA